UAUAGCAUACAUAUACAUGCAUACAAGGUUGUGUUUUGCUCAUGACUAAGAAUGACAUUUGAAACACUGUGUAAUGUGUGUCAAACUAUGGCUAACGAAGAAAACAAGGAAAGUGAUUUAAAUGACGUGGUCUUGCAGGAAAAUGUAUUGGAUACGCAAUGCGAAACCAUUGCGAAGAAACGUCCUAAACGUGUGUUGCAUUUUUCUGACGGGGAUUUAGAAGAAUAUUCAUCGGAAGAUGAGGUAGAUAGGUCGCAAGCAACUAAAAUUGUAGCUGAAAUUGAUCCGCAUGCACUUAAUUGGAUACCUUGGACUUGGCAUCAAACAACAUUCAUCGGUACAAAAUUAUUGGAUGGUUGUGAUUAUCUUGGUGAAUGGUUGGCCAAUUUUUUUGGUAUUACAACGCCUAAAUAUCAAUUUGAAAUCGAUGAAUUUCAUAGAUUGCAAGCUUUACAAAAUGAAAUGAUUCAUAAUAACGAUUUAGAAAUGGGCGGAUGGAACAAUCAGAACAGAAAUAAUUUAAUUAACGUUCCCAAUUUGACAAAAGAUUAAGCGUGCUAGUUUCUAGUAUCUUUUUUCUAACCGAAGAAAUACAAAUUUAUAUAUAA